GUGAAAGCUAACCUGCACUUACGUCAAAUAAAACGUGCGAAUGUUUGCUGCACAGAAGGGUUAGCCGAGUUAGCACUUCUUGAUUUCUAUUCUGGAUUGAGCUGCUGUCAUGAAUUCAUUUAUACCGAGAGUGUGGUAAUGAUACAUCGCUGAAGCGGCUAUCAUGGCAAAGAUGAGGUGCUCAUUGGGAUGUUUCUAGUCAACGAACUCAAACGAAAUCGGUCAAAUUGAGUAGAAACUAUGUUUUAGUGGCAUACUAAUAUCUUAAAACCUUCAUAUUGAAUGAUCUUGCAUUUAAUUAGAAGAUCGCUUCUCCCGAAAAGUGCUAAACUUGAAAAUGACAUACAGAAGAGACAGAAGUAUAAGAGAAGUGUAUGAAGAGCGCCUCAUGCAGGACAGACCGGGUCCGUAUCCUCGGGUGGCUGGAGGUGUUGAGAGGAGAGGCCCCUUUGGCAGGCCGGAGGAAGAGUAUGGGCGUGGCGGUUAUGAAUAUGAAGGAGGUCCCCGUUUUUACCCGAAUGGAGGCGGCCCGCGAGGUUACCAUGAAGACCAACGAGGCUACCAAGUGGAGGGCCAUCACUUUCCUGAACGCAGAGCAAUACCACCAGCAAGGAGGGAAGACUUUCCCUACAGAGUACCGAGAGAAGAUCCUCAUGCUGGACGACCUUUGGAGUUUGGGGGUCGUGUACCUCCACCUCACAGUGUGCGAAGCCAAGGCGUCUAUCCAGCACCCAGAUCACUCCCAGAAAGCGGAGAAGACACAUUAGUGCAGGCCAUCCGCAACCUGGACAGAGGGGAAGACAGAGAUCCUUACAGGAGAAAGGCAGCCCUGUUUCCUCCCUUAAGAGAGCGCUCCCCUGUCCGCCGCGAGGUGGCGCGUUCCCCCCACAGUCGCUCUGGCUCCAGUGUGAGCAGCAGGGGCUACUCGCCAGACAGAGCCAAGAGCCUGCCUUUUCCGACACAACAAGGCAAGAACUUGGACGGUCCAGAGAGUCACACAGGUGUUUCUGAGCACCUCUGGGGGGCGCUCUUUCCUCAGAGCGGACAUGACACUUUGGGAUAUGAAGAGACGUAUUCUCAGUCCAAGAUAAUUGACAAAAUUCCUGGCUUGUCACGAGAAGGCUCCCCACAAAGUGCAACAUCAAACAAGGAGGAGAGCUAUCCUCCAGACGCAGAAAAGGAGGAGCCAGUUGUAGCUCCCGUCAUUGAAGAGGGCAAAAAGUCCACCGAGAACUUUGAAGAGAGGCGAACCAUGGCCAUCGCAGCCAAAGCCAAGGAAAUAGAAAAGGUCUACAGGCAGGAUUGUGAGACGUUUGGAAUGGUGGUCAAAAUGCUCGUGGCUAAGGAUCCCACCUUGGAAAAACAGUUGCAAGUCCCCCUGAGAGAGAACCUGGGGGAGAUACGCGAGCGCUGCCUGGAGGACCUCAAGCACUUCAUCAAAGAGCUGGAUGAGGAGGUCCGGCUCCCAGAACCCCCCGUCUGUGACUCUGCCACUCCUGCUAUGUCCCAGAAACUCUUAAAGACCAGAUUGAACCACAACUCAUCUUUCUAAAGGGUUUUUGUCUAAAUCCGCUCCAGUUAAUUCGAGACUGAGGAUUAUUGAAAUUAACAGUUCAGACUUAGGAUUGCUGGACUUCACGGCAUCCUGAAGAACUCGUCACAGGAGUGAACAGUGUUAUUUUUCAAUGGAUCAUUUUUACCUGCAGGUUUUCUAUGGAAAAUGUAAAAAUAUUCUAAAGGUUCUGUUUAAAUGUCAAAAUAUUAUUUAAAAAUUACAAGUCGUCAUGGUGUUCAGUAUGAUGUUCGGUUUUCAAGCAUGAACUCACAUUUUUUGUGUUUUUUUUCUUGCUAUAUAAAUUGAAUUCUAAGUUUUGUCAGAUGUUUGAGUUGGUGCUGCAAAUGAAAAAAAAAAUGUUAAAGCAUUGUUGUAUAAAUUUGUAUUGUCUAGAAA